AUGUUACUUGAUUCUGCUUCCGAAUGUGCUGAAGUUUCAUCAAAGGUAUGUCCACAUAUAGCAAUGGAUGUAAUGAUUGCACCAAUCCCAAUUGAUGAGCCAAGUCAACAAACUCGCGGACAAGGUUUAUUCGCAAUCUCAUCGAUUCAACUUUUUGUCUAUCUCAUUGCUCCAUUAGCUGGAGAUCAAGACAAACCACGACGACCAUCCGUGGUUCCACCGCCGAAACCUCCGCGAACCGAUCAAGCUGUUCUGGACGAGAAGCGACGGCGAGAGAGAGAAAAACAAAAGAAACAAGAGGAAAAACAGCACGUUCCUGCCGAAAACGUGGAAACUAUACAAGUUUCUUCAGCGUAUGUUUGA